UCUGCCUGUGCCGUAGUUGUCAAAAUUAUUGUUGCAAAUGCACGCAUCCUUUGGAAGACAGUAGGAAAAUUGAGAAAAAAACAUCCCAGUUGAAACUCAAGUAUUUUUUCGUGGUACAAUUUGCACUGUGUCCCAUUUAUUGUAGUGCUUCUUCAGGUGGUGGAAAGUGUGGAAUAUACUCACGAAAAAACAUACGAUAGCUUGUUUGCGGUGUAAACAUGUCCGAUGGUCAGGAAACGGUCCCGGAAGGCUGGGAAAAGCGUACCAGCCGUUCCACAGGGAUGACUUAUUAUCUUAAUGUGUACACCAAAGAAUCCCAGUGGAAUCCACCUACGGCACCCGCGGAACCGGCUAACACGAACGUAAGCGUGCGUGGUCGUGAUGAACCACAUGAGGUGCAGUGUGCACAUCUGCUUGUGAAACAUAACAAAUCCCGCCGGCCGAGCUCUUGGCGAGAGGAAAACAUUACGCGCAGCAAGGAUGAGGCGCUGGAAGUACUCGAAUCGUACCGCAAAAAAAUUCAAUCCAACGAAACGACGCUACAGGAGCUGGCACAGCGAUACUCGGACUGCAGCUCGGCCAAACGCGGCGGCGACUUGGGCAUGUUCAAGCGUGGCAUGAUGCAGAAACCGUUCGAGGAUGCUGCGUUCGCACUGAAGGUGGGCGAUAUGUCCGAUAUUGUCGAUACGGAUUCGGGCGUUCAUUUGAUUCUUCGGUUAAAAUAGACAGCGCAUUUGGUGGUACGGACUUUGUUUCGCGGGCACGACCAGCACAGAAAGAUUUAAAGGAACAAAGCAAAAACAAAAACAAAACACUAGCGGGUUUCUUUUAAUUUCAUAUCGAUUU